AUGACCGACCGGAACCCCGCGGCCAUGAGCAAGAGCGGCAAGGCGGGCGAGCGAGUCAAAGUGGAAGACGGCAAGGGGAACGACCGCGACAAGCCCGCCGCUGGUGCUGAUGCCGCGCCUGCCAACGCCCACAAGAGCCCCAAAAAGAGACGCAAGGAGAGACCAUGUACGAGAUGUAUCAAACGCAACAUCGGGCACCUCUGCCACGACGAGCCCCGCGAUGCCGACUCCAAAAAGGCCAAGAGCAUACAGACCUCUUCCGUCGUCGAUGAGUCUGACGCCCAGUCCGAUAUAGCCCGCAGCUCCAUCUCUAGCACCAUGGGCCCACCACCCCCCAACUUCGAUGGGACCAGACGCAAGUCAGGGUUCGCCACUGGGGGCGUGUUAGGACAAGGCAACCCGCUGCCCAUUGUGCAACCGGGGCCUGUCUCCGGCCUGCAGGGAAAUACGUUGAACAACGGUAACAACAAUGCGAAUCAAUUCGCUGGCUUCCAAGAUGCAUGGAUGACGGCUCAGAACCACUUCCAUGACAUGCACACCUACCACCCCAACUACAUGAUCGCGCCCGAGGUCACUCACGAGUUUAGUCUACUCAACGACUUUCUUCAUACUAGCUUACUAGAUGACGGUGGAGUGCCGUCCGAUGAUCAACAGAGCCCGGCAUUCAGACGGUCGAGCCAGUCGGAAAUGCUACCCGCCUUCGGUAACAACAACUCGCUGCAGCCCGGGGGCGUCAACUCGGCAAACAUGUCAGGGGGACCUAUGCUGCCCCCGCCGAACCUCGAAGGCAAGAACAUAUUGAGGCCGGGGAGUGUAGUGCCUGCCGACAAGGCCCGUGAGUACUACCUCCAAGCCGCCGACCCCUCGGGCAACGACACACCCGAGGAGCGUAUGGCUCGCGUCCUCAAGGCCAAGUAUGACGCCGGCCUGCUCAAGCCCUUUAACUACAUCAAGGGCUAUGCCCGUCUGGGCACCUAUCUAGAUAGCCACAUCGCGCCGUCGUCCAAGCAGAAGAUCCUGCGAACCAUCAACCAGUUCCGGCCCAAGUUCCGAGAAAAGGCGCAGGCCUUGACGGACAUGGAGCUGGUGUACGUUGAGAUGUGGUUCGAGAAGCAGCUCAUGGAUUAUGACCGCGUCUUCGCCAGCAUGGCCGUGCCGGCGUGUUGCUGGCGGAGAACCGGCGAGAUCUUCCGGGGUAACAAGGAGAUGGCCGAGUUGAUUGGCGUGUCGGUGGAUAAACUGAGAGAUGGCAAGAUUGCGUUGCACGAGAUUCUCACAGAAGAGUCGACGGUCCGGUACUGGGAAGAGUUUGGCACCAUCGCCUUCGACCCGGCCCACGAGACCCUCUUGACAGCUUGCUCGCUUAAGAACCCCAGCUCAUCGUCGAGCCAUCCGAUUGUAAAAUGCUGCUUCUCCUUUAUGAUCCGACGAGACGAUCAUAAACUCAAGGAACUUCUCUCGACGCUGCUGAACUCUCGCGAUUCUACCUCGAUCGAGGCUCUCCUCGCUGAUCUCAACCACAAUAUCCACACGGCCAAUGCCUUGCCGCUGAAGACGACCAGCCUCUCCCCUCAGACCGCGAAAUCCCUCAAAGACUGCGGAAGGAAGUUGUGGAAUGAGUGUAUCAAGGAAAGGAGGAGGAAGAAUGAUGGUUUGGCGCCCGGGAGGGCAAAGUUAUUAGUGAGAACGAGGGUGUUUGCCUUUCUGAUUCAUGCACUGGCGCGAGAGAACCAUCAAGGGAAGAGAAAAAGGGACGAUGAAGAGGAGGUCGUGUAUCUGAUGCACCUGGCCUUGACGGUUGGGAGGCUCUGCGUCGAGGAGUCCGACCUGGACGGGGCACGACUGGGGUUGCACAAGGUUGCCGACUACAUCGAGCAACUAAAGUCUAUGGCCGGGAAUUCUCAGGACGAUCCCAACCUGAGGAGCAGGUUGGAAGCAGAGUAUCUAACGAUGCGCACGGCUCUAUCGUGGAAGGAGGACCGACUCGAUGUAGCUGAGCACAUGUACAGCAAAGCGGAACCCCUUCGACAGCAUCUCGAUCCAUCUUCUGCCGAACACAUGGCAGAUACUCUGCAACAUAUCGGAAGCGACCUCUCCUCGAAGGGCGAUUAUGCAAUGGCUCUGAAAUGGCUCCGUCGAGCAUACGAGAUGAUUAACGGCCAGGAGUUGGAGCGGCUCUCGGCAGAAGGAUUGGAGCUGAGACUGGCAAUCUGCCACCACCUCGUCCAGGUGCUUCUUGCCAUUGGAUCUCCGGAGCAUCUCCGAGAGGCUGAUGACUUGGUGGCGUAUGUUGAGUCGGAAAUAGGAGACAAACCGGUAGUCUUGCACUGGAAACUGGAAAUCCUGCAGAAGUCACCGAGCGAGGUGUUUGAUACGGAUGCCUGCGCAAGUAUCCUGCGGCGGAUGAUCCGGUCUAUCGACUUUUCAGAUGCAGCCCUCGGCUUUCUUCUUCACAGUAUCAAAGAUUUACACGAUAGGAAUUCUCGACUCACGAUGGGAUUACUUGAUGAACUUUUGCUGACGAGAUUGUUACCAUCGGGAAAUCCGGAUUGGAUUGGAAAGGCCCUUGUACGGCGUGUAUGGAUGAGCUCGAUGGACCCGGAAUCCUCCAAUGCCGCCACUGAUCUAAUGGGCCUUCUUAUGCGGAUCCCACACGAUUCUGGUAACUUGCUGGAUGCCGAUGUCACCAUCGCUGCUCAGUCGUACAAAGCAGCAGAGCUUUGGUGUCGGGUCGCACUGCACGCAGUAUUCUCGAAUUGCGGCGAGGCAAACCAAGGGAAAUUUGGGAGGAAACUCAUUAUAUGCGCAAUCGCCUGCAAUGACAUUGAUGCCGCCCGGUCGGCCUUUAAUGACAUGCCGUCGAAUGUACAAGAGGACCCCCUGACGAGGUACCUUAUGUUCAAGGCCUCGCUCACGGGCUGGGACCACGAACUUGGCUGCCAAAGUAUUGAACACCUCAGUAGAUCUUCCGACAAGGAAAAGAGCCAAGAUAUCCUCUACGCGUGUGUCAGGGAGGCACAGCAAGUCGGGGAUAGGUUGUGUACGUUGGCAGCGCUGAAAGCUGUAGUGGAUAAGUGCGACUCAGGAGAGUCCUCAAGAUCCCACUUCCCCUCAAUUCUGAGAUGUACAAUCCGAUUGAUCCACCUGAUUGAGAGUCAAGAAGGCGAAGUCCUGAACCAAGACCUUGAACUUGCCGAGGACACCUGUAAAAUCUUUGAGAAAGCUGCCGAAAAUUCAAGAUUGGACACAAGAGAUGGGGAUGGGAAUAAGGUGUUUACCGGGCUGUGGCAUCUGGUUCGGAUAUUCAGCUCAUGCCUCACAUUCAUUGAAUGUUUUCCUCCAGACAUCCCUUCGAAAGACAUAUUUGGUGUUCAAAUCAUGGAAAUGCGAUGCCACUUUAUCAUUUCUGCAGCUCUCGUAUCGCAAGCGAGGACGGAGGACAAGGUGGAGGAGCAACUUCAGCGCUAUGUGGAGAUGCGACAGCACAUUGCAUCAUUCGACAAGACUUUUGAACUUGUUUCUCAAAACGAGCCGGAUUCAAAUGAUGGACCGGUCAUGGGAGAUAUGCUAGCAAAGCUGUCGACACUGUUUGUGUUUGAUUUUGAAGGUGCCCUUUGCCUGAAGGGUUGGGACGACCUGGGCCAGAUUGUGAGGAAAGCAAGAAUCUGCAAGGAUGAGUUAAUGUACAAGGCCAUGGGAGACUCCUUGCUGAGAAGCCAAGCUCCGGGGAAGGUGCUGUACGCCACAAUGCGCGCCAUCAUCAACCAGAUUUUCGAGCUCGAGGACUUCGACAACCAGAGGCUCGCAAAGUAUGUCCGCUGCAUGUUCCAGGCAAUUCUGCCCCUAGACGACAGCUUGGCGUUGCAGGUGGUUGACCAAGCCCUCCAAAUCGCCCGCGAGGGAAGCCAGAUGCAAAAACCGUUCCCGGGAGACGAACUCGACUGGAUUGUCGCGACUACGUUUAACCACGCUAUCGACAUACUGGCGCGGGGUGACGAGCCCCUGUGUCAUCAAUGGGCUCUCAAGGCGCUCGACAUGACGGAGUACAUGAGUGAUGGCGGCGAUAUGCGAAACCUGCUCCAAGAGAGGGUCGUUAAGCUUGGUUUUGGCAAGGACACGCACUAAUUAGAUGUUAUUCAGAGUCACUCU